CAACGGUUCGAUAUUUAACAGGCAGUUGUUAUAUGAAAAUAACACCCUCUUGCAGGAUUUUUAACAUUAAAAACGUAACGCAUCCUUAUGAAAAUCAAAGGAUUUUUAGAAAUAAAGGAGUAGUUAGUUAGAUUUAAAUUACAUUUUUGGUGAAAUAAAAAUAAUAGAGGUGUAGUUGGUUGAAUAACAAUUACAUUUUUGGUGAAAUAAAAAUAACACAGGUGUAGUUGGUUUAAUUACAAUUACAUUUUUGGUGAAAUAAAAAAGAAAACAGUGCGACAAUGAGUGACGAAAAAUCCAAACCGACGUCGGUCCUUCAGCACAUUGAAUCGACGCUGUAUGUGAUCAACCAGCUGUGCAUAGGAUUCGUGACCAUUUGGGUUAGCUGGACCUGUUUGCGCAAGGACCUCUCGGGAAUUCGGCUGCACGCCUGGCUGGUGACCUUUGGAUUUGUUUUCCUAAUGGCCGAGGGCAUGAUGUGCUUCUACGAUGGCAGUUGGCUAACACUUCGCUAUUCCCGGAAAUACAAGACUGCCUUUCACGUGGUCCUUCAGAUCCUAGGCGGCGGCAUGGGCGUGGCUGGAUGUUUGAUACAAUUAAUACGUGACGACUGGUCAGUUAGUGUUACAAUCCAUGCCCGCUUGGGUUUUGCCGCCUUCGUCCUGUGCCUCAUCUCGUUGCUCAGCGGUGUGGCCGCCUUUCUGGCCAGAUCCUUCAGUCGGGCUAUCCCGCCGCUGAUCAACAAGACCUUCCAUGUGGUCCUCAGUUUUGCUGCAUUCGUGAUCGCCAUGAUGGCUCAGUUCUAUGGAUAUACACAAACAGGAAUUUUCCGAGGCCAAGGGCAGGACUUCGUUAUCCUGAUGCAGGUCGUCACUAUGGUCCUGAUGGUCCUCACCAGCAUUGGCGCCAUGAAAUCUCUCUACCAGAAAUUUGGCAGCUUGGCCAGUUAGAACAUACUCAUAAUUUAGUUAAGAUGAAAAAUUUAUUUAUCUAUUGUUUAAAGUAAUUUUAUUUCAUAAAAAACUUACACCAAAGAUUUGUUUCAUAUUUUAAGCUAAGAGAACAUCAAAUAAAUCGACUGACAAA